UAAAAAAUUAGUUCUCAACUAUUUCAAGAGAUCUUUGAUUAAUAAUUUUGUAAUUAAAUUCAUUUCAUCGGAAUUAUCUCGGUUUAAUUUUAACAGUAAUUAAUAGUUAAGGCAAGAAUGUAUUAUCGGCCGUUGUUUCCUGUUUGUUAAAACGAAUUAUCGUGAAAAUAUAUUUAAAAAGAAAUUAAGUUUCGUGCGAACGCACAUAUAUCAUAUAUUAUCGUGCGUCUCACAUUAAUUAGCACGCAAUAGUAUGUGUGGAGAUUGGUACGAUGCGAACGAUAAGAGGUGUAGCACAGGAACGGGCAGUCGCUACAAGACGCCUCAUGAUCGAAUGCCCUCGUGGCAUGAAUUGCGACGCAUUGAGGACAACCAAACGAGGAUGGGGUAUGGAAAACUACAUGUACUACCACUGAGUCUGUUUAUCUUAAUCCCAGUGACAUUCGUCAUUACAUACACCAUAUCGGUGCAAUGGGACCAUGUAGUGCCUGGAUUCCCUUAUAUAUCCGAGACCGGCACAUUAUCACCAGAAUCCUGUAUAUUCACACAAUGCUUGAACAUCGCGGCACUAUUACUUGGAUGCUGCGUUUACAUUAGGCACCGACAAGUAUUACAAUGGCAGACAGAGAGAGGUCGCGAUCGCGUAGACAAAAGAGUUAUUGUAGCGACAACAUGCUGUGGUAUCCUCGCUUGUUUCGGUCUCGACAUACUCGCCAAUUUUCAAGAAGCUCGCGUAAUUGCCGCUCACAUGGUGGGAGCGAUGACUUGCUUCUCUGCCGGCACUCUCUAUUUCUGUCUUCAGACAUAUCUAAGCUACAAGAUGGUACCAACUAUGAAUGGUAUAAUUAUUGUUUAUCUGCGGGCAAUUCUUUCGGCUCUCACAUUGAUAUUGACGAUUGCUACGAUCAUUCCUGGUUACAUCUCCAUGUCUGAGUUUCAAGGUAACGAUUACAAGAAAUGGCUACCGGCGGAUGGUGGUUGGGGCUGGCACGUCGCGAGUACUAUAUGCGAAUGGAUUCUCGCGAUCAUCUAUUGCGCGUUUCUUCUUACUUUCGUUCCAGAAUUCCGACUGAUUAACUUUGAAGAACCGGUUGUUACGCUGACCUAUUUGGAUAAAGUCGAGAGCACAAUAACUUCAGAUAAAACAGAAGCAACCACGCCACAAGAUAUAUAAAUUUUUUCUACAUUUUGGUCUGCAAAAACCUUUUCACUUUAUUUAGAGUUCGAUACUAUCCUACUAAUAUAAAUUGUAUCUUUGAUGAAUAUCACGAGUUUUCCCGAAAAAGAAGUAAUAAAAUGAUAAAAGAUUAAUAAACAGAAUGUAAUAUAA